AUGGCUGAAUUGACGACAGCAUCUGGUACACGAUUUCCAUUAAAAGGAGCCUCUGAUGCAGAUAUUGGUACUAAUGCUCUGGUGACAUACAGGCUCGGCCUAAACAAUCUUUUUGCUCUUGAUUCAGGAAGUGAUGGAGAUGAGAGCAAAUCUGUAGUACUUGUAUUAAAGGUUCCACUUGACAGAGAGAAGAGUCCUGUGCAUCAUUUAGUACUGACAGCCACUGACGGGGGUGAACCAAAACUCACAGGAACUGUCCAGCUAGUGAUCCAUGUGUUGGAUGUAAAUGACAACCCUCCUGUAUUUAACCAAUCUCUUUACAGGAUAAAGAUGUCGGAAAAUACAGCUAGUGGGACAUUAGUUAUUAAUCUGAAUGGUGUGAGUGCAGAGGCUGGUGUCAAGAGCGAUCUCAUGAUUUUCAGUCCCAACGUUCCUGUUUUUGCAAAUAGUGGGGAACUUAUCAAUGGGACAGAAUUGCCCCCAGAUUCAGCUAAAGAGGGGCUGCUGCAGCUGGUUCUGCUCCACACCGCCUGGAAAAUGGGGAGUGGCCAGCUCCAUUAUUCUGUGCUGGAGGAAUCCCAGCACGGCACCUUCGUGGGCCACAUUGCCCAAGAUCUGGGGUUGGAGGUGAGCGAUCUGGUCCCUAGGAUGUUCCGGAUGCUGUCCAAAGGAGGGAAGGACUAUUUUGAGGUAAACGUGCAGAAUGGGAUCUUGUUUGUAAAUUCCUGGAUAGACAGGGAGGAGUUGUGUGCCAAGAAUGCUGACUGUGUUGUUCAUCUGGAGGUGAUUGUAGAGAAACCUCUGAGAUUCUUUCAUGUGGAGGUUGAAAUCAAAGACAGUAAUGACAAUGCUCCCACCUUCUCUGCAAGGGAACAGAUUCUGAGCAUAUCAGAAUUGGUAACAUCUAGUACUCGAUUUCCCUUAGAGGGAGCCUCUGAUGCAGAUAUUGGUACUAAUGCUCUGUUAACCUACAAGCUCAGCCCAAACAACCAUUUUGUUCUUGAUUCAGGAAGUGAUGAAGAUGAGAUGUUGGAUGUAAAUGACAACCCUCCUGUAUUUAACCAAUCCCUUUUCAAGAUAAAGUUACUAGAAAAUACAGCUAGUGGGACAUUAGUUAUCAAUCUGAAUGCUACAGACUUAGACGAAGGGAUUAAUAGGGAAAUAACUUAUUUUUUUAGUAAUAGUUUGCCACUACAUGUCACAAAGUUAUUUAGUAUAAAUUUCGAUACUGGGGAAAUCAGAGUAAUUGGAAAAUUGGAUUAUGAAGAUAUUAAUUUCUAUGAACUUCAAAUUGUCGCCGAGGAUAAAGGCAGUUCUCCUUUAUCAGGGCAUUGUAAAGUUCUCAUUGAAGUGUUGGAUAUGAAUGACAAUAUUCCAGAAGUAUCUCUGAAUUCUCUUUCUGUGCCAUUGCCAGAAGACUCCGCACCAGGGACUGUGGUAGCAAUCAUCAGUGCUUCUGACAAGGAUUCUGGCACCAAUGGACAAGUAAACUGUUUCCUCUGGCCCACUGGGCUACCCUUCAAACUGGAGUCCACAUUCAAGAACUACUACUCCCUGACUGUUGGUGAACCGCUAGAUCGGGAGCAGGUGGCUGAGUACAAGAUGGUAGUGACAUUGAAAUUGCUGGAGUUCCAGGUGAGAGCCAAGGAUGCUGGAUUACCCUCCUUAUGUGGGAAUGCAACAGUUCAAGUCUUUGUGAUGGAUGAGAAUGACAAUGCACCUGCCGUGUCAGGAUCAUUAGAAGAGAACCUGAUUCUUGUAGUGGUCCCCGUGAUACCUGGGCACAUUGUUGGCAAGAUCCAUGCCUUGGAUGCAGACUCUGGAUACAAUGCAUGGCUAAGAUAUGAACUGGUUGAAGAAAGCAGUGGUCCAUGGGUUGUAGGGCAGUAUAGUGGAGAGAUAAUGGGGAACUUAUCAAUGGGACAGAAUUGCCCCCAGAUUCAGCUAAAAAGGUGAGUCCUGCUCUUGGAAUCC